GGGAGCGGCGGCGCGAUGGGCUGGGCUCGGGCGCUGCUCGGCGGGGCGGCGGCGGCGCGGGGCCAGGCGCGGAGGAUGUGUGCCCAGCCCGGGGACUGGCGCUCGGCCAGGGCCAUCUAUGACUUCCACGCCGCGGACAUCGAUGGCAACGAGGUGUCCCUGGAGAAGUACCGCGGCUGCUGCUGCAUCAUCACCAACGUGGCUUCCAAAUGAGGAAAAACCGCUGUAAACUACACUCAGCUCGUCGACUUGCACGCCCGAUACGCUGAGAGGGGUUUACGCAUCUUAGGCUUUCCCUGCAACCAGUUUGGGAAACAGGAGCCCGGAGACAACGCUCAGAUUAAGGCAUUUGCUGAAAACUACGGGGUGAAGUUUGACAUGUACAGUAAGAUCGAUGUCAACGGGGACGAUGCCCACCCGCUCUGGAAGUGGAUGAAGGAGCAGCCCAAAGGAAGAGGCACCCUGGGCAACGCAAUAAAAUGGAACUUCACCAAGUUCCUCAUUAGCCGCGAGGGCCAGGUGGUGAAGCGGUACAGCCCGAUGGAGGAUCCCUACGUGAUCGAGAAGGACCUCCCUGCCUACCUGUAGCCUGGCUCAUCUCCCCCCUGCACUGUCCCUGCACCGGCUCUCCUGCUGCCCGUGGAGUCUUCUCUUCCAGCCCCCAUGACGGUUUACCUUCAAGCCAGCUCUCUGGUGAGGCAAACCUGACGAUCUGGCGUGCACCCGCUGGGAGAAGGCUUCACGGGGCCGGCAGCCACUGCUGGGCAGCCCUUUCCUAUGAGCGCCGGGCCAGAGCUCGUGUCCCCUCACAAUAAAUGUAUUAGAAGUGA